UGUGUCUUGGCUGGAUGUGGAGAUGAAGACAGAGUGAGAUAGCUGCUGGCUGUGAGGAGAGCUGGGAUGCAGAGACUGGCUAAAGUAGACCGAAACCACUGUGCUCACAGUAACUGCAGAUCAAAUAGACGCAGACCACAGCAUGCCCCUUCAUAGUUCUAUAAAAGCUCCUGCAGACCCGCAGUGUCUUUUGUGAGCUGCACCUCAGAGGUGAUUUCCCUCUUAGAACAGGCAGGUGGUGCUGUAAUUCAGGAUGUGGACCUUACCCUCCGAUACUCAUGUCUUCCACAGGGUAAAAAAGGCUGCCUAGAGCUUGGGAGCUCUGUUUCUACCCAAAAACCCCUGGCCCAAACUAGUGAGUCUGGGUCCUGAUCCUGUGUUCCAGGCUCUCUCUAUUCUGUUGACAGCAGGCAAGAGGACAAGAAUCUAGAAUGUUUGACAACUCAGAAUUCAACUGAGACCCUAACCAGAGGUGAGCUGAGCCAUCCAGGAGGGAAACCUUAUAUAAUGAAGAAGAAGGAAGAGGAGAAGGAAAAGGAGAAGAAAAAGAAGAAAAAAAAGAAGAAGGAGGAGAGGAAGAAGGAGAGGAAAUAUAAAGAGAGGAAGUAGAAGAAGGAGGAGGAGAAAGAAGAGGAGGAUGAAGAGGAGAUGAUGAGAAGGAGGAGAAGGAUAAGAAGGAGAAGAAGGAAGAGAAGGAGGAGAAGAUGGUGGAAAAGGAGAAGGAGAAGAAGAAGAAGGGGAAGGAGAAGGAGAAGGAGGAAGUGGAGGAGGAGGAUGAGGAAGAGGAGGAUGAUAAUGAGGAAGAGGAGAAGGAGGAGAAGAAGGAGGAGGAGAAGAAGGAAGAGAAGGAGGAGAAGAUGGUGGAAAAGGAGAAGGAGAAGAAGAAGAAGGGGAAGGAGAAGGAGAAGGAGGAAGAGGAGAAAGAGGAGGAAGAGGAUGAGGAAGAGGAUGAGGAAGAGGAGGAUGAUAAUGAGGAGGAGAAGGAGAAGGAGAAGAAGGAGGAGGAGAAUGAGAAGGGAAAGGAAAUGAAGGUGGAGAAGAAUGAGAAGGAGGAGUAGAGUAGGAUGAAGAUGAAGAGAAGGAGAAGGAGGAGAAGUAAAGUGAGGAGGAGAAGAAGAAGCAGAAGAAGGAGAAGAAGGAGGAGGAGAAUGAGAAGAAGGAAAAGGAAAUGAAGGUGGAGAAGAACGAGAAGGAGGAGUAGGAUGAAGAUGAAGAGGAGAAGAAGGAGGAAAAGUAAAAUGAGAAGGAGAAGAAGGAAGAGAAUAAGGAGAAGGAGAAGAAGGAGGAGAAGGAGGACAAGAUGGUGGAG